UGCUUGGCAACCACCGUAAAACAGAAGAAGAAGAAGAAGAAGAAGAAGAAGAAGAAGAAGAAGAAGAAGAAGAAGAAGAAGAAGAAGAAGAAGAAGAAACAGGAAUUGGAAGACCAGAGAACGAAGAUCAAGAUGCAGUUAUAUGCACGGCUAUUUUCCAAUCGACACUUUUCACCUUGUCAAGAUCUUGGUCACUCAAUUUCCACCAUGCUAUGACAUUUAAAACAGACUGGGUUGACCACAUAAAUACUGUUAACCACACAGCAGCCUGCAGGGACCUGCGCAACAAGUAUCCUGAUUGGAAACCAGAUCUGAAAAGCAAAAGCAGAGUGGAACCGCACAGGCUGCACACGAGACCUCAUUCUCCCCAGGACCAUCGCCAACAUCACUGCACAGGAGAUUCAUCACAUCAUAGUGGCUUAAAACGCCCUUAUAAUGAUCUGAAUAAGCACUCUGCUGACACCAGCUGCGUCUCCAAGGCUGAUCAGAGCUCUAAAUAUGGAAAAUCUCAUUCUUCCACGAAAACUGUCAAAAAGUCAACGAAGCCUGGGACCGAAACCAAAAGGACUGCAAAUGCCAAGGCUGCUGACCCAUCGUCCAAUCCACCACCUGCCAAGAAGAAGAAAGAGACUGUGGCACCAGCAUCCCAGGACGCAUCCAUAGCAGGCCGUCAAGAUGAUCCGACUGGGAUUCCAAAGAAAAAAACAGAGCAAGAAGUUAAUAAAUUAGUAGCAUCAUAUGGCGAGAUCAACAGUGUGAACUUCAUGCCAAACUCUGAGAAAGAGAGCCAAAAGGGUGAUGGACAAAAGAUACCAGAGCCACAGCAUUCUUCUGUCUGCAGUAACAGUGAGCCUCCUAUAAAUCCAGACAAGGGUUCUGAAAAGAAAUACUCUGUGAGUGAGGCUGACAUGAACACCUCUGCAAAGGGCUUAGUGUUGAUCACAGGAAUUCCUGAUGGUGACUGGUCAGAGAGUGAAGUCAUUAAGCUCAUCCAGCCUUUUGGAAACCCCACUGACAUCAUCUCCGCUUCAUCACUUGGAAAGGCUCUUGUGUCUGUACCAAACUUGAAGACUGCUCAAGAGGUGGUCAAAGCUCACAUCUCCAUUCCUGCAAAGAUCAAAGAUUGUGACCUGAAGAUAGUUGAUAUCAAAGAGCAUGUUGGCAUUGACACACCGGUGGCCCUCUACAAUCUACUGAUGCAGUCGUUGGACCCAUUGGAGAGUUCAUCUCCAGUUAGUUGGAGCAGCCUCUUGGUGAUAAAUAAUGUUCCUGACACCCCCACUGGGGCCCGUGAAGUUAAGCAACUGGUUCGGCGUUUUGGGACUGUGGUCAAAACUCUGGAACUUAACAAUAUGGUUAUUUGUGAAAUGGCAACUUCAGCCAUGGCCCUCUCCGUCUACAAACGCUUCCAGAGGUUUCCAUGCAUUAUACAAAACAACCCACUGUUUUUUUCACACAAGCCUGACCCCAAAGCCAGCACGCCGACUCAAGUAUUAUCUUCAAACCCACAUUCACCUGAGGCUAUUCAUGCAAUUACUGAAGACGGCAUUACAGAUACAGCUGACCAGGACAAGAAAGCAUUUGAAGAAAAUGUUUCUGUUGAUAUGGAAAUAGGGCCAGAUGGAUUAAUGGGCCCUCAAAAGGUUGCCACUGCAGAUGAAUCGUUGGAAGAAAAGGGAAGCCUUGUCACUCACGAGCCCAGGAAUGUACAGUCUGAAUCUGCACUUCAACCACACACAAAGACUGACAAAGAGAACGUAUCAAGUAGUAAUGCAGUCUUGAAGUCUGACGAGAAGGAUGCAUCAGCUAAUGAGACUAUUUUGCUGACAACUGAAAAUGUAGCUGAGUUAGAAAAAAAUAAGACCGUUGGUCACUGUACUUCUACAGAUGUUUCCAGUACAGAGUUUUCCAAGGAUAUCCCAGAGACACAGAAUGGAGCAAGAACUAACCAACAUCCAAAUAAAAUGGCAGGUUCUGCAAAUGAAGAUCUCCUGGAGACAAUGGGGGAAAAGACGCAUUGUCAAAUAAAAGAGACAGAUCAACAAAAAGUAAUUGAUGGAAGAAAAUUGACCUUGAAGAACCAUGCGGAGGGUGGUUUAAAGACAAAAGAGAGGGAGAGAAUUACAAAAGAAGCAAAACAGGAGAAGGAACCAAAGGAGAGCGAGAGAAAGAUUAGGAGGGUCCAGGAGAAAUUGCAAAGGGCCAAGAGGGACAGUGAGCAGGAGGACAGAACCAAAAGAGAGGUGAGGGCAAUGGAGAGGAAAGAAGAACUUGUUCAGUCCUCAGAACUGAGUUCAUCUUGUAGGUUUGAGACAUGUAAGAGGAACUCAAAUGUGGAUCAACAAAGAAUCUCUAACAAAUCAGAUGCUGAACUGCCCAAAAUGGAUGAGGGUGAAGAUUUUGAAUCAUUUCCGUUGAGCAUGGGUGACUUUGUGACUGUGGAUGAAGUUGGGGAUGUGACUGCCUUGACUGACUUCCCACAUACACCUUCUCCUGCUCCUCCAGAGAAAAUUGCAGAGCAAGAGCAGUCACUAACCUUUGUCCCACUGGACACUCAUGAGGUCACACCUUUGGAUGAAAUGAAAGGAGUGAUUGCUCAAUCUAUGAAGUCUGAUGUUCCCAAAACAAAUUGUCAGCUUCAGCCCAUGACAUCUGAAGAUCCCAUUGUAGAUGUUGGACAUCAGCCUCCAACUUCAGCUCGGACCUCUGACAGUGUAUCAUCAGAUGUGAUUGGCAUGCUGAGCUGCAAAAUUGUAACCCCAUCCGCACAAACUCGGCAAGAAUUGUGUCCCGUCAACCAAAAAGUGGUGGCAACUUUUCAACCAGAAAAAAAUGAGACAGAGACUAUAGCCUCUGUUCCCACAGAAUGUAUGGUCAUAGUUGAGACUCUUCCAACAUCUAUUUCAAUAAGCACAGCCGUAAUCGAUGCUAUAACAUCAGAUCCACACACUAUUGAGGUGAAAAUGACUUCUGGAAAAAAUACCACAGGUAAUGCUACUGAAGAAAAGCAAAAAGCAACACCCCUGGUUAACAGCCCUUUAAAUGAUGGGCAGACCUUAACGGAAAGAACACAGGAAAUGGAAAAGGUGCAAAUGAAAGAGGACACCUGGAUAAGCCUUCCAUCUGAUGAGCCAGGAAGAGGCAAUAUUUCUGACAUCCCAGUAAUCACUGAUGAAAAGAGUAAGGAGAAGCCACUAACAGAAACUCCCAUGACCACAGACACCGUCCAUUUUGAUCCUAGCAUGCCAGUUGGUAUGGAGUUCUUGGUCCCAAAAACAGGCUUCUUCUGCAAAGUAUGUAAUCGUUUUUUCAGUGGAAGCAAAGACACUCAGAUCACCCACUGCAAAAGUCUCAAGCACUUUGAGAAUCUGCAGAAAUACUUGGAGACAAGAAAACCAAAAAGUCACUAGUUUUGGAAACUGCUCUUGAGUGACUUCCUCUUCGUUUCAUUUGAGCUACCCCCUCUUUGGCGUGCUUGGAAAACAAUGACACUGCAAAGGACUUUCCACAGUCCACAGCGUCUGUCGACAUUUCGUGUUUCGCUCGACAGAUCACAGGUGUCAACACAUCUUGUGAGUUUCCCAUUUCUAUUGGGCAACUUAAUUAACUUGGAAUUACGACAAAAACAAAAAGGCAGAUGUAAUUUAACAUGUAAUUUUCAACCAAUGUAACUUUUUUCAGGAAAUUAUUCUCUCUUGUGCAAACAACAGUUGUGUUUAGUUUAAAAUUGGCAAGCUCAGAUUUUACUCUUUUGCAGAACAGAUGAUCUGGCUUUGAAGGAAAAUGAGCGCUGUCGCGGAAUUCAAAAGUCCUUACAGCCCUGCAUGUUUUGUGUUGACUCUGUGAAGACCUGUAGCAAAAUUCAAGUGAAUUAUAGUUUAGUUGAAGGACAUAUCCGUUCCUUGGUUUCAUUUUGUUCUACUGUCUUGUGCUGAUUGAAAUGUGUGCUGAUUUCUGAUGAAGGAACAAGAUGAAACUGUACCGUGAAAAGAGGGCUGCAAGAAAUAGCACAAACUGCACUCUUUUUUUUUCUGUUUUUUUUUUUUUUUUCAACAUAUUGUAUUGAUGUCCCUUGCACCCUUAUGUACCUUGCAUUAAAGAACUUGGGAUGACAGUU